CAGGUGGUGCUUACUCGAGAUCGAGCUGAUCGAGUGAGUGCAGUGUUCAGGUGGAAAUCAGUUCAUACUUUACACUACUGGGACCAGUAGCACGUAUACGAAAGUUGUGAAGUGAUUAAGUGGUUGAAGAAAAAUCUGCAAAAGAUUGUAAAAUGCUGCGCGGUUCUGUUGCGCUGUUCGUUUUGAUUGCGAUUGUGUCCGGUGCUGCAGCGACCUUUGGAUACGGUCUGCUAGGAGGGUCAGGAGCAUACGGUUACGGCGGUUAUGGCGCUCCAUGGUAUAAUGGCGGUUAUGGUGGAGGCUAUGGCGGAUACGGUGGAUACAACGGGUAUGGAGGCUAUGGAGGCUACGGAGGAGGUUAUCCAUCAUCGCUAGGCUAUGGAUAUGGAUAUCCAGGCAAAUAUGGCGGCUACGGAGGAUACGGCGGCUAUGGCGGUUAUGGCAGUUAUGGCGGAUAUGGUGGCUACGGAGGAUACGGAGGAGGGUACGGCAGUGGAUAUGGUGGAUACGGAGGUUUCCGACCUUACUUCCGAUAAACGAUCGGCCGGGCCCGGGUCACCAAUUAGCAGAUAAGCGUCUAGUGUUAAUAUCGUUUACAGUUUAAAUGUGAUAAAUCCGUUGCUGCGUCUGCUACAGUAGCAAUAGUGUUUUCAUUCGCGCAUUCCAUCACUGAAUUAACGAAUAAACUAUUCGUGCUCCUCAAACCCAAA